AUGGAAGGACAUUCCACCCAGAAUGAAGUUGUAGAGUAUGCAUCUCAACUUGGUAUAGUUUUGGAUGAAGUUUUUCUAAACGUCGGAUAUUUGUUACGAUCCUUGCUUGCCAAUGUUCCCAAUGCAUUAUAUCAUACUCAACUGCAAGGGGAAUGCCAUAAGUUUCAAGAUUAUUGUGAUUUAAUUGAGGUUCGUCUUUUAGAUGCUAAAAAAGUACUUGAAAGAGAUCUACGCAUUUUGGAAGCUGCCGAGAAUGUCCCAACUACGACCAAUGCAACAGUAAAACCGGAAUUGCCAAUGGACUUGACCGCCAACUAUCCACCGUCAGACGGAAACACCAGCGCUUUGGAACAAGGAUUGCAGUCUGAUGCAUUUCAAAAUAGGAAUAAUGGGGGUAACUUUUUUAACCUUUCCCCUUUCAAUUCCCAGUCCAUGCCAAAUGAAAAUGCUUUUCUCAGAUCUUCGGAUGUAAAAGCUUUUGAGGGCAUGAAUGUGAAAACAAAUGUGUCGCCUUCACCUAAACUAAAGCCGACUACUAGUGGUGUGGAAUCCGUUGGUAGCGAAGCACGUUCUGAAGGGUAUCCGAAUUUACCCUCCGGUUUACCCACUGGUGUUUCUCGUGAAAACGAUGCCUUCCAAUUUAGCAUGCCACCAGAAGCCUCUUCAGACCAGGCGCUGCAGGCAAAUGAAUAUCUGCUGCCAAAUGUCUUAGGAAAUACGUCCACCUCCCCACAAGAUAAUUUAUCAAAUAUGUCUUUUCCCAGCUUAGACACUGCUCAAGGAUCUGUGCCUAGUAAUUAUGGAUUUUUACAGCAACAGCAGCAGCUGGUUUCUCCGUCUUCAAAGCGACCUAAACCUGCCAAUGCAUCUUAUCCUCCUUCUGCUGCCUCUACCUUAGACACCAAAACGCAGGAAAAUUAUAGUGCUGCUUUCGGUAAUGACAACUCGUUUGCAGCCCAUUUGAAUAACUCUUUUGGUAACAACUCUCUUGGUUUGCCUACAGAUAUGCCCUCUACAGAAAGCAUUAAUGAUUUGUUUGGUGAAUCGUUUGAUUUUACCAUGUCAGGAAACAACUCAUAA